AUGAAAGUGGAAGUCAUGAAGUGUGAAAUAUUUUUAAUCAUUUCCAUUCUUUCUUCGAUUGCCGGAGAAGAAAUUUCUUCAAAUGAAAUAAAAUGUGAAAAAUAUGAAGAAAUUAAAGUUGAAACUUCGAAAGAUGAAUUAAAAUCUUGCAAAUUUAAUCAAAAUAUUUUGAUUAAUGCAACUAACAUGGAAUUAAGUGAUGAGAUUGAUGAAGACGUGAAAGCUUUUGUGUUUGAUGGAAAUAAGAAAAUUUCUUUCCUUCCCAUCGUUAUUGAAAAUGAGACCAAAUACAGCGAAUUGAAUUAUUAUUCAGCUUGUUCUUGUUCCAUUCAAUUCAUCUCAGAAAAUAAUUUCCGGAAGUUUAGAAAUUUAACUUACAUCGCUUUAAGUGACAAUAAAAUUGAGACAAUCAGUAAUUUCGUGUUCAAAGGCUUAGUUAAACUUGAAUAUGUUUUAUUGGAUAGAAAUGCAAUAAAAUAUGUCGGACCGUAUUUGACGGAGGUUUGGUGGUUUCCAAAUUUAAAACUCUUAAACAUGAAUUCAAAUAAAUGUGUGAACUUCAACGCAACAACUGAGAAGGAACUCGAUGAAGCGAGAACAGAACUUUCUCAAAAAUGUAUCCCAAAGUUGGAUGAAAUUUGCAUUAAAAGUGAAGAAGGUGAAAAAAUUCUUUAUUGUGAUGACAUCGAAGUGAACUGCACUUGUUCUUUGAACGAACACAACAAGAUUUGUUCACUUGGCUAUGGAAUUUAUAACCAAUCUGAUGAUUACAUCGUCUUAGAGUUCAAUUUCAAUAGGAAAAUCUUUUUUCUCCCGGAAAAUAUCGGAAAGAAUUUCCCGAAACUGGAAGAAUAUCGAGCGUUCUACGGCUCCAUCAAAACCUUAACUCAAUCAAACUUCAAAGACAUGAAAAACUUGAAACAAUUACUUCUAAACGGAAACAAAAUUGAGAGAAUUGAUUCAAAUUUAUUUGAUGAGUUGUCAUCGUUAGAAACUCUAGGACUAGAUGAAAACAAGAUUAAGUUCAUUGACUCAAAAGCUUUUGAAGUCAUCACAAAGAAAAGUAUUCUGAUUAGCUUGUUGGGAAACGAAUGCAUUAGCAAUGUUGUAUCAAUAACUGAAUAUGAUGUUCCGAAUAUCGAAAUAAUUAGAAAUGAUUACAAAGAACUGAUUGAUGAUGAAUGUGGAGUUCCUUUAGACAUUUGUUCAUCAACUGAUUCGACGAAAUUAAACAACGAAAUUGACACAUCAUGUAAACAAAUAAGAGAAGGACAAACAUUCACAAACAAAAAAGUCGAUUUGUGUGUCAUGAGGAAAACCGCAGCAAUUUGUACAAUAAACGUGACAUUUACAGGCAAUCCAAAUGUCAACAACGCUUUGAUCUUUGAAGAUAACAAAAGAAUUCAAUUUCUUCCUGAGAACAUCAGCUCGUGGUUUCCAAAUUUAACCGAUUACAUCGCAAGAAAUUGUUCAGUCAAAGCGAUAUCAAAGAUAAACUUUUUGAAUCUCACGGAACUAAGAAGUUUGAAUUUAGAUUUCAAUGAAAUUGAGAGACUUGAUGGGGACAUCUUUGAAGGGCUUUCAUCAUUGAAAGCGUUUUCAAUUCAGAAUAACAAAAUUAAAUCUGUUGGACAAAACUUUGUCAGGAGAUUGCCAACAAUGUCAUUUAGUAACUUUAUCGGAAAUGUUUGCAUUGACGACAAUUUCACACGGGAAAACAUCACAUCGAAAGCGAUUAAAGAGAUUCAAGAUAAAUGUGAAACGAUUUCUACGAAAACUAUUUCUGGAUUGACUUGA